AUGGUAUCUGGCAGCACUCAGUGUACCCGAGUUCCGAGCUCAUGUUCACAUUUUAAAAGUACUAACAUAAGUUCGGAUCUACGGGUUGACCGUGGGCCACCUUAUAUUCAUACAGGUAGAGAUGGAAUGCGAAAAUCUAAAGCAGUAAGAAAUGCAAAAGAGAUAAAAUUUCACGUACGUGGCUUGACUGGACGUCGAGCAAUGUACUUUUCUCCGCUCAUAUUGUCAGAGGAAAAUUUUCAAGAGUGUGCUACAGGAGAAAGAAGAGCAGUUGUGACUGGUGGUGCCAACCUACGAGAUUUUUUGGAAAAAAUAAGAACCAAAUCGAAAGGGAAAAUAAGGAAUGCUGGUCCUCUCAUUGUUACCGCUAUUGUACCAAGUAAUGCACCCAGAUCAACGUGA